UUUGCCUAGUUGCAAAGACUAUAAAUAGCGUACAGCGGUGUCGUUUUAUGUAAGGUUAAUUGAGUUCAUUUUUAAGAAUGACCGGUCUUUACUAAUGCCGUCCAAAAUGCAUCUGACUUUGUUACCCGCUAUGUAUGUAUGUCCUUGGAAAAAAGUUUGACUAACAUUCUACAAGAAGAAGCAGAUUGAGGAGGUCGACAGUGGAAUGGAAUCCUUAACAGCAAGUAGUAAAGACCUUACGCCAGAGAAGAUCCGAAGCGGUUCUGACGAUGAAGAUGAUUUGUCGGAUGAGGAUCUUGAUGAAACUUUGGCUGAACGAUUGAUGGGCCUAGGUGAAAUGUUUCCAGAGAGUGUUCGUAAUAUUACAUACUCUCUGGUCACUGGGACCUAUCAGGGAAUAAAAGGUCUUUACAGCUUUGGGCGAGUUGCAACAUGGCUUUUCUUCAGUUCCUCAGUAAUCCUGCUUGCUCCUGUCAUUUUUGAAGUUGAAAGAGCUCAGAUGCAAGAAAUGCAGCGUAGCCAACAAAAGCAGGUAUUACUUGGGCCAAACUCGGCUGUAUCAGGAACCAUGGGUUUAUUGCCACCAGUGCCACGAUAAUGAUAACCUAAUUGAACGCUUCUGGGAAAGACAUCAGUAACGAGGCAGUACAAUGAGCCACUGUGUCAAGAAGACAGAAGUUGUUAAAUUUCUGUAGUAUCCCAAGUUGUACAUUUGCUUGAUGUAUAGUUUUUUACAUUACCGUGUUAAAAUUUUUUAUGUGUAACAACACGCACUGUCUCAUACUGAGAACUUUUGUAAAUUUAUUUCUUGGUAUGUUUGAUUGCGUGAUACCUGAAUUUGUUUUAUCAGUAUGUUAAUUUUUUUCUAAGAGCGUUACUCCUCAAUUUAUAAAGUGUUAGAACACUACAGACACAUGACUAUAUGGUCGAAUUUGUAGCAUAGCCAGUAAAAUUAAAAUAGUUGUAUUGAAACAUCUACGUUGGUUCUUGGCAUAACGCAUCCAAGGUAGUUAAUGAAAUUGGUUGCCAGCAUUAUGGCAAAGGCAAUUUCCCAAUCAGCAUUUUACCUCAUUUGGUAAUCCAAUUGCAGAAUAAAGUAAUGGCAGAGUGACUGAUCACACUGUAUGUUACUAAUAUAUAACCAAUCGAAAAAUCAGCUUAAAAAAGUAAAUGUUUAGUGUAUCCAUGUAACAUUUUGUGUGUGUGUGUGUGUGUGUGUGUGUGUGUGUGUGUGCGUGGAUGCGUGCGUGCGUGCGCAUGCUCGCCAUAUCAUGAACUUUGAUGUCAGUAUGUCCGAUAAAUAUAAUUUACAAAAAAAAAAACUGGAGUGUUCUGGAAUUAACAGAAUUUUUUCAGAAACAACCUAAAAUAUUGUGUAACUUAAAAAUCCCCACCAUGUAGAGAAAAUGUCAUUUCCUUAUCAAUAUUAUGUAAAUGAUAUAUUAGAUUACAUAAACAGAUGUCAUUAAACAUUCUGUCACUUUGUACAAGUUAAUAAAACUGUUUCCAGUGUUGGAGUACAAUGGCCUAAAGUAA